AUGGCCGAGCUGCAGCAGAAGCACACGGAGAACAUGCAGACGGUCGACGAGGCGCGCUCCAAGGCACUGCGCGGCGAGAUCGACGAGCUGUCGCGCGAGACUGGCAACGCGGCCAAGGCGGCCAAGGAGAAGCUCGACGCGAUGUCCAAGAACACGGCCAAGCUGAAGAGCGUGCCGGACAGCGUGCAGGCCAACAGCGCCAUCAUCCGCAUCGAGGAGAACCAGUACACACACCUCGUGCUGAAGCUGACGAUGGCCAUGGCCGAGUACCAGCGCCAGCAGUCCGCCAACGAGGCCUACUACAAGGCGCAGACGCAGCGGCAGAUCAAGAUCAAGUACACCAACCCCGACGGCAGCGCCAUCGACGACUCGACAGCGGCGCAGCUGGCAGAGCAGGUGAUGGAGAACGACACGUCUAGCUACAUCUUCCAGCAGAGCAAGGAGGUACUCGCCUCCAUCAUCGAGACGCGCAACGACAUCUACCGCAUCGAGCAGUCCAUGCGUGACCUGAACCAGCUCUUCAACGACCUGGCCUUCUUGGUGAACGAGCAGGGUGAGCUCAUGGACGUGAUCCUCGCCAAUGUGCAGCAGAGCACCCGGUAUGUGGCGAAGGGUCGUGCGGCGCUGAAGAAGGCGCGUCGGUAUCAAAAGAAGAGCCGCAAGAAGCUGCGAUGCUCGGUGCUUCGCAAGGAGUAUGUCGAAAAGACGGCGGUAGCUUACUCUCCUUGGCAGGAAGCCUCUGUCCAGGUGCACCGGCACUGUUGUCCGGAAGGAGAAAAGUGGGCGGCCUGGGAGGACUGA